AUGUCACUUCAGAACCAGCCAUUCACCAAACUGCCGGAGAGCACAACGAGAUCCAGCAAGACGACAAUCAACAUCGCUGGCUUCCAUGUGUAUCUCUACGGCGCUGAUGAGCUAUCCCAACAGCAGGCGAAAGAUACCGUGGUUCUUUUCCACGUGCAUGGCCGAACAAGGAGCUAUGCAGAUGCUGAGUUGUUCGCCCACCAGUUUCUCUUCCAAUUGAAGCAAAUGGGGAGCUUGACAAGAGGCUUCGUGGUGGCAACUUUUGAUAGUCGCAAUCAUGGAGAAAGAGCGAUCGACUCGUUAGCUGUUCAGGACUGGAACGGAGGAAACCAGAAACACGCGCAUGACAUGCUUGCAAUGAUAGAUGGCAACGUUCUUGACAUCCAAACCGUGAUGAAGUAUCUCUCAGUUUACACCGAAGGUCGGUUCACACCGACCGAGUUUGUUAUGUCAGGACUAUCACUUGGUGGCCACACCGCAUGGGAUAUACUCUCUAAGGUGCAGGGCAUCAAAGCCGCCAUUAUCAUCGUGGGCUCCCCCAAUUUAACAGAUUUGCUCAUCGAGCGGCUUGGCAAUGCAGCAGACAGCAAAAUUGGCGCCGAUUCAACGAAAUGGCCCGAAUCGAUUUCGUCAAUGUAUAGAGCUCGAGAUCAGGUUCUUGGACAUAUUGACGGCAAAAGUAUCUUGAUUUUGAAUGGCGCCCUUGAUGCACUUGUUCCAAGCAAGUUCACUGUGCCCUGGGUUGAGAAGAAUGGAAGUCGGAAUGAUGUCUCUUUCAACGUUUUCGAAAAUACGGGCCAUUGGCUGUCACUGGAGAUGAUGGAUACCAUUGUCCAGUGGGUUUUACAAAAGCACGCCUAG